AAUUACUCGCCAAAAACAAGGAUUCAUUUUAUCAGACCAUUUUCCAUCCUAAUCUCAAAAUUCAAAUAUCAUACCAACACCACCACAAUUUUCUGCCGUUCUUCCCAUUUUUUAAAAAAUAUUUUCUCAAGACUUGAAUAUUAUUUUCCCCAGAAAUUUUCCAGAUCAUAUUCAUCCAUUCUCUGUUUCAUCGAGUUCAGCUUUUUUUUUUAUGUAAAAAAAAAUAUAUGCAAAUGGUUCAAAGUUUAAGACUUUCUUCUUCUGGUUUCAUUCCCAGCUUCUGAGGUUUUUAUUUUCCGACAUAUCUUGAUUUUUGCGUUGUUGUAUCAUUUUUCCAAGGAAAAAAAUCUGCAGAAAUUAGUGCCAGUUUCGAGUUAGUGAAGUUUUGGAGGAGAAAUGGAGUGUUGAUGUGUAGUUUAUGCAUGAGUUGUUAAGCUUUUAAAUAUGGAAGCAAGGGAUGGAAUUAGCAGUGCAGUCACGGUGGUAGGAUCAGACGAUCCGUCGGAGUACCAUGUGGCUCCCCGGACCGAGAACCCAGCAACCACUGGUGGAUCGACAACGCCAGCGCCGGCUCCGACACCGGCAGCUCAAGGCACUGCUCCUCCUCCGCAGUCUGCAGCGGCUGGAGGGGCGCCAACAGCCAUGAUGAUGCCGGGGAAGAAGAAAAGAGGUCGACCGAGAAAGUACGGGCCAGACGGGUCGGUGACCAUGGCGCUAUCUCCCAAACCAAUAUCUUCUUCGGCCCCUCCAUCCCAAGUCAUCGAUUUCUCCGCAGAUAAGCGCGGGAAAGUUCGUCCAGCUAGUUCUGUCAGCAAAGCCAAAUUCGAGGUCGAGAAUUUAGGUCAAUGGGUUGCAUGCUCUGUAGGUGCUAAUUUUACACCCCAUAUAAUUACUGUUAAUUCUGGGGAGGAUGUUACUAUGAAGAUAAUAUCAUUUUCUCAGCAAGGACCUCGAGCUAUAUGUAUUCUUUCUGCAAAUGGCGUCAUAUCGAGCGUCACACUUCGUCAACCUGAUUCUUCUGGGGGCACAUUGACUUAUGAGGGACGUUUUGAAAUUCUGUCAUUGUCUGGGUCAUUCAUGCCAAGUGAAAGUGGGGGAACACGGAGCCGAUCUGGCGGCAUGAGUGUUUCUUUGGCGAGUCCAGAUGGUCGUGUUGUAGGUGGCGGAGUGGCAGGUCUAUUAGUAGCAGCAAGUCCUGUACAGGUAGUGGUAGGAAGUUUUUUGGCUGGAAACCAGCAUGAGCAAAAGCCAAAGAAACAGAAAAUUGAGGUGAUAUCCACAGCCAUACCGACUGCUGUCAUUCCCUUGUCUAGCGUUACCGAUCCAGUCCCUCUCCUCACUUCCUCGUCUUGCUUCCGUGGCGACAAUUGGUCUGCAAUCCCGGCAGAUAACAGGAAUAACACCACCGCCAACACCAAUGCCAACAAUAAUGGUAAUGGUAACAAUAAUAGUAAGCCAACAGAUAUUAAUGUGUCACUAUCUGGAGGGUAAUUUCAUCCUAUCUGCCAUCUAUAUUCGUUGCUGACGACGUUGUAACGGACCUCCUAAUUGAUGAGUUUGUUUUCUAUUGUUUCUUGUGACUGUAAGCUUAUUGACAGUAUCUUAGGACCGCCUUCUUGUUUUCCGACAUUUAUGGCUUUGUUUCUUUGUACAACCUAGUUAGGUGAUUAAAUCUGCCUCUGCUGCCAUUGUGGUGUCAUGUUUUGAUGUAUUUGUUAUUCGCGUUUCUUCAGAGUGGUAGAUUGUGAAAUCCAAGCUAUUCCUUGA